GUAAAACUUUGAAAUUUGAAGUAAUAUCAAAUUUCUAUCUUCUACCAAAGUACUAACUGCUCUCUAAACUAAUAUCAUUAAAUAUAUUGACUAACACAGAACAUAUAUUUAUCUCACCUUAAUCCUCUCCCAAUCUUAACUUCCAAAUAGCAUCGAUGCCUUUCACAACAACAGUACUAAUCACAACCUUCCUCCUCCUGCUCUGCUUCACCCCUCCCUCCUCCUCCUCCUUCCCCUUCUCCUUCCCUUCCAACCCAUGGAGCCUCUUCCAGAAUCUCACCGGCUGUAACCCUGGCGAUUAUAACCCUCUCCUCCCUAAUCUGAAAUCCUACCUCCACCGCUUCGGCUACCUCCCUUCCCCUGUCUCCAACUUCUCCGACCUCUUCGACUCCGAUCUCACCGCCGCCCUUCUCUCCUACCAGCGCAAUCUCGGCCUCCCUACCACUGGCUCUCUCGACGCUAACACCCUCUCCGUCCUAUCACUUCCCCGCUGCGGAGUCCCCGACAUUACCCCCAACUCCAGCGGCCGCGGUCGCCAUCUCUACUCCUACUUCGCCGGAACUCCUUCCUGGCCCUCAGACAAACGCGUCCUCACCUACGCCCUCACCGAUACCUCCUCCAUCUCCAUCGAUAGACGAACCCUUCAAAACGUCUUCGCCCGUGCCUUCGCCCGUUGGUCGGCCGCCACCACGCUUAAUUUCACCGAGGUUUCGCCUCCGGACUCCGAUUACGCUGACAUAACAAUCGGGUUUUACCGCGGAGACCACGGCGACGGGGAGGCGUUUGAUGGGGUGUUGGGGACGCUGGCGCACGCCUUUUCGCCGACGGACGGGCGGUUCCAUCUAGACGCGGCAGAGGCUUGGGUGGCGACAGGGGAUGUAACGGCGGCGGAGGAAGAGAACGCAGUGGAUUUGGAGUCCGUGGCGGUGCAUGAAAUAGGACAUUUGUUAGGGUUAGGACACUCGUCCGCAACGGAGGCGGUGAUGUAUCCGUCGUUGAGGACGAGGACGAGGAAGGUCGAAUUGAUGAAGGAUGAUGUGGAGGGGAUUCAGGGGUUGUAUGGGGGGAAUCCGAAUUCUGGGGUGGAGUCGAUGCGGAGGAGUAGCCCCGAGACAAGCGGUGGAGUGCCGGAGCGGGCGGCGUUGACAGUAGUGGCGCUGGUGGCGACGGCGGUGGCGUCUAUUCUAACUGAGUUCGUCUUGUAGGAGUUUGGAUUGAUUGGUAGUUGGGACAUUCAGAAACGAUUGGGAAUUCCUUUUGACCUUUGCCCGGCUGGGCGGUGCGGCUAGUUGGGAGCUUGGAUGAGUUAAUUAGCUUUACAUUAUAUAAUAAUUAUUUAAUUUGAUAUUAUUUUUUAAUAAUAGCUUUUAAAUAUUAUUUAUUUAUUUUCUUGAUC